UUCGACUCCUGGUCUCCUGUCUCGCUUCUCCGAAAAAAAUGACAAGUUCCUUGACUUUUUUGUCAUGGCGCGAAAAAUUUCGGGGUCUCCAGGGGACGAACACGUGCAGCCCCGACUUUCAAUUCUUUUCUUUUUUCCGACUGUUAGAACGAACCUUCCGUGGGAAGCGCGGACUGCACGAUAUGCCACCGACAAAGAAGGGGGACUUGGAUAAGUUAGCAUGGGGAUGGAUAGAAUCUGUCAAUCCGGACGAGAUUGAGAAAAUACAUUUGGAAACUGCAUACAGGAUUGGAUUAAAGAGCUGUAAAACUUGCAAACGUAAUUGCACAUACAAUCCCCAAUGUCUGACAGGUUUGGGAGAGGAAAAAUAUAUGAAGUCUCAGCCGGCCGAGGUUGUGUCUUUAGAAAGUUCCUUAUCCGAGUUACGUGAUCCAACCCAGUAUGUCGGCUUGAAGAAUUUAGGUGCUACCUGCUACGUCAAUAGCUUAAUUCAGAUGUGGUUUCACAAUGAAGACAUGAGAAGGAUAAUAUACAAAUGGGAUAUUACGGAGGAUCCGGAGGAGAAGGAGGCGUUGUACCAGUCUAAGAAGGCAGGAAUACCCUACCAGCCGGUAACCGCGGUCGGCCAAUUGCAGUACCUCUUUGCGAUGAUGCAAUUCGGCAAUCGGAGCCUCCUUGAUCCAAUUAAUCUCGCUAUCGCGUUAUCCCUGGACACCAGAACGCAGCAAGACGCUCAGGAAUUCUCCAAGCUGCUAUUGUGCCAUAUCGAAGGAAAGCUCCAGCAAAACUCGGAGCUGAAGCAGAUGCUGCAGAGGCUGACUCAGGGAAAAUACAGCUAUAUCAAUCGUUGCUCCACGUGCAGCACUGAGUACCCAACGUCCACCACAUUCUAUGAGUUGGAUCUACAACUGGCGGGUACGUUGAAGGAGGCGAUCGACAAUUAUUUGUUGGAGGAACAGUUGACGGGGGCGAAUCAAUACCAUUGCGUUACUUGCAAUGACAAAAAGGACGCCAGGCGAUUCAUACGACUGGAGUCUCUCCCGGAGACUUUGAACAUUCAGCUAAUGCGCUUCGUAUUCCAUAGAGAUUCCGGACAGAAGAAAAAGUUGAAUUCGUACAUUCAAUUUCCCGAGGAACUCGAUAUGUCGGAAUAUAUUGGGUGUCAGCCUCAAACUCAUCUGUACAGUCUCGUCGCCGUAUUGAGCCACAAAGGUCCAUCCGCACAUUCUGGGCAUUACAUCGCGAACAUAUGUAAUUCGAGCGGGGAGUGGUAUCAGUUUAGCGACGAUAAAGUUGAAAAAAUGCAGAAUAAACGAAUCGAGGAUAGCGUGAAUGAUAAAUCAAUGAAACGUGGACGUGUUCCAAAGGGAUUCCUGUCAUCCAACACAGCUUACAUGUUGGUUUAUAAAAAGUUAACUGUAGAUAGUCGAACAAGUGCUUCGAAAAAAGUGAAAUUGAAAAAACCUGAUGCGGAGGUGAAUGCUUCCAGUGAUACUGUAAGUUUGGAGAAGCUUACAGUUAAAGAAGAAAACUCCGAUACUCCGAACGAAACGGCAUCGGAAUUGGAACAGAAUUCCGAGAAUAGAGCAGAAAUGGAUGAAUGUACGAUAUCCAAAAAGACUGAUACACCUACGACGGAUAAAAAUGAGAAGAUAGAAACAGAAGAUAGAAAUGAUACAGAAGCUAUCGUUAGCACAAACGGAUGUAAAGACACACAGGAUUCUACUUUAGAACAAUUACAGAAUAAGGUGCACUGUCUAAAACAGCCGGUGGUAAAAGUCGUUAAACUUGAUUAUAAACGACUGAAUGGUGACGCACACAGAGCUAUGAGUUGCGGAGAACGUGAUUUUUAUGAAGAGAUGGAAUUUGAGAAUUGGCAAGUAAGCAGCACGAUGCGUGAACUUGUCAGACAAGAAAACGUUAAACACGAAUUGAGUUUGUUGGCCGCACAGCAAGAAAAACAAAAAGAAAUUGAGGAUCAGAAUUUCAAACGACAACUCAUAAUAGAUGUGUAUAAUAUAAUCCAAUCAGUAACAUCUUGGGAUAAUUAUUAUUGGAUACCAACCGACUGGCUGUCGAAAUGGUUGAACGGAAAUUCCUCUACAGUCGACGUCCGUCCGAUCGACAAUUCCAAUUUAAUGUGCUCGCACAGUCGACUCGAUCCAUUGAAAGUUAGUCGUAUGAAAUGCGUGCCGGAGUUAGCAGCCCAAAUGCUUUAUGACAAGUAUCAAGGAGGCCCGCGAUUAGAUCAGACAUUUUUGUGCGAAAUUUGCGUGAAACGACGCUGCAAAUUGUUGCGUUUCAAGCUAGCGCUUGAACGAGAUCACAAAGAAGUUGGGGAGCUAAUUCGUACAUUUAAAGAACCCACCGAGACGAGCUAUAUAAUCGGCACCGAUUCACUGCGAUCAUGGCGAAGAUUAGCUAUGGAAACGUUUCAAGAGGAUGUAGAGGAAAAGGUGGACGAUUGUCAGGACAUUCAGGAGGAGAGUAAAAAUACCGACAAAGACAACGGCAAGACCGACGGCAACGAUUGUCCGAAGGAAGUCGAGGAGAACAAGGAGAAUGAGAUUAUAAACUUCAACGAAGACUUGCUCUGUGAGCACAAGUCUCUUAAAACGGCAGACUCCAGUAGGAAAGUGAUACCUCAAGAGGCAUGGUCGAUUCUUAAGAAAUAUUUCCCGGAUUCGAAGGAAUAUUCCGUUGGAUCGUCAUCCUGUUCAAUUUGCGAGGAAAGAAUGGAAAGUGCGCAAAGAGCGAAGAAAGACGACAAGAUAAAGGCGAAACAGCAGAAAGACGAGCUGACGGACUUGUAUUACGGAAGGAAUAGAAAUGAAAUCGCCAAGUGCAACGACCCUGACAAAGCUUUCUACAUCGUUGAGAAGAGUUUCCUGGACAGCUGGCGUUCCUUCAUUCGAUACGCGGAGAUCUAUUCGAGAACACCACCGACAAGUAUCCAGAACGCCUCGCUUCUCUGCGAGGCGCAUAAGGGAUUCCUGCAUGCGGCCAGUAUUAAUAACGAACUAUACAGUAUAGUGACCGCGGAGGAAUGGUCGAAGCUGAUGCAGUUUUACGAGGCCGAUUAUCCCAUUAUGAUAAAGAAAAUUGGCGACGACUAUCACACGAUUCCGACCCCGUGCGCAGCCUGCAUGUUAGCGAAGGUUGAACAGGAACGCUUGGAAAGCUUAAAGUACGACAGAGCGACAAUCUACAUCAAAUGUAUUGAUGAAAACGAGGAGAUUAAGACGGACAAUGAUUAUAAGGUAGCGACAAAAAAGCCGAAGAUAGAAAAGGCACGUCCAUCACGAAGUAGGAGAAAAUUAAAAGGAUCGCACGAGCUCAAAGUGUCUUCUGAGAUUACUUUAAAAGAUCUCAAAGUAAUGACGAUGCAGAUUUGUGGGGCUGGACCGUACGAUCAACAUAUAAUGUUAGGCGAACACGAACUCAUCGACGAUAAUCUGAGCUUGGCGGCACUCGGAAUAUUUCCUGGAGCUCUACUUACGUUAAAGACUGAUGCACCGUUAGAAAAUGAGACCGACGUCGAGUCCGUUGCCCACAAUUUCGAUUCUUCAUCGCCAGAGAAGGGCUUCAAGGGAACGGAAUUGGUGCCGAGCUGAUCUGUAUGAAUAUAAUGUAGCCAAUUUCCUUUAACGUUUAAUAAUAGCCGAUUUAACGCAAGAUAUUUUUAUACAAUCUAUACAUAUAUUAAUGUAUAUACGUAUAUCUACAUAUAUAUAUAUAUAUAUAUACAUAUUAAAUAUAUAAAUAUUUGAUCCUUAUAUACAUGCAUCCGUUACCGAUGAAGUUGUGGAAGAGAAUAUAAUUCUAUGCUGUUGUGUCUUUACAACUUACGCUAUUCUAUUUGUUAAGAAAGUAGCAAUGGUCAGAUUUGUAAAACGUAAAAGGAAGAUAUCGAAGGUGAAGAUACUAAAGAUGAAGUGAAACAAAGAUCGUAAAAAGCUUGUUGAUUUAUUCAUUAGUACGAUGAUGCUUUGUCCAUUAAAUUUUUGUGGAUUGAAGAAAUAUAGUAGAAACACGGAUAUGCUUCCUCUUUCCUCGAUUUAUAUUUGUUUAACGAUCGAAAUAUGUAUUCAUAUAUAUCUCGAAUGUAUAUUAACGCGAAAUUUUAAUGAUAGUUUUAUAGAUCAUGUAUUUAAUUCGUUUGUAUAAAAUAUAUGAUGGCUUGAUGAUA